UUUCUUUCUUUGCCGCAGAUACGCUCCACAUCAAGUACCCGCAUGGACCGUCCGCAGCGGAUAUAAAUCGUCUUCUCAAUGCGACAUCAACAACAACACUGGACAUGACGGUUGGCAGCAAAGGUGCGCUCGCCGGUGUCGGUGGUGGCAAGUGGCGCACCGAAGUACAGAUCACUGAAGGUCAGCUGGGCGGUGGUGGCGUCGGUGGACGCUCCGGUGAAUACCAACCUGACCUGCUGCCUGCAUACAGCACCCACAAAGCCGUCAACAAUAGUUGUAGUAACAGUAACAUUAACGGUCAUGCCAACAGUGCGGUCAGCAAUCAGCAGCAAGGACAGCUUUAUAGUCCGAUAAAAGCAACGAGGACAAUAAAUAUGCACGAUGACCAGCAAAUUGCACAGCAGCAACACCAACAACAGCAGCAGCAUGCAAUGCAACAACAACCCAUUGUGGCCAAGAGUAAAUAUAAUAUCAAUGCGCAAGAGUAUUUGCAGUCCAGGUAUGGUGCCGCCAGCAAGAAUCACGAGAAGACAUUGCGCCGCGGUGACGUGAUUGCGGUAGCUACGACCAGCAUCGCCCUCACCACGACCGGUUCAAUGCCAACGACGACGGUUAGUGCGUCCAGUGGUAUGGCGCCGCAAACGGAAAGUGGCUUCUCGACGCUUCAACGACACAGUAAAUCAGUUGCGCUGCCGCCGCGCACACCCACCGAUACACAUGCUGUGACAGCGGCAGCGUCGAGCAGCAGUAACAGUUAUGGCUACGAGUAUCGUCAACCACCGCCGCCACCCUAUAAUUCUGCGCAUCGCACUGCGAGCGGCUUACAACUGUUACAGCGCCGCACCAGCAUCAACAGCGAGCAGAAUAACGAACAAACGAGCGCCAUGAAGGACCUUGGCUAUCGGGAGACAAUAAGCGGCAGUAAUUAUGGUGUUGGUACGGGGGAUGGCGCACGUCAGACGAUUGUGACAGCAUCCUCAUCGCUGCAAUUUCUCACAACCACUGGCUACGGAGGUAAUGCGGCGCCCCAACGCCAACUGCUUUGAUUGUCGACGCAGGCUGGUAUGCUGAGGUAGAAUAUCGGGCGGUUGCUUUAAGCGACCCGCACAGUUUUGGUGAUUUUUGUAUAGGCGGUUGCGGACUGGAGUACGGCAUGAUCUUUAUUAAAACCAGGGACAAAUUUAGCUGGGAGCAAGCCAAAAUGGAUUUUUUAAAGAAAGCUGUUAUGAGUGGUAGAGAUAUUUGGUAAACUCCUGUAUGUGUAAAUAUUGCUACCUUUCUGACGGAAUUUUAAAAGGACUUCAAGAAAAUGUUUAAUUUAAUUUGCAACAAUUUUUAAAUAAACUUAAAAGAAAAUUUAAACUCCUUUUGGUAAACCUGCUGGAGUAUAGUUAUAUAUAAAGACUUGACAGUUGGUAACCAUAACAGUAUUUCACAUUGCCUAUUGCUAUUGAUCUAAGUAUACUCAAAAAUGCAGAUAACGAUCUGGUGUUUUCCAAUUGAUGAAAUUUAAGGGAAUUCGUUUUAUAUUUUCUUUAAAAAUAUUAAAUAUAUUCAAACUCCAGAACUUGCAGACUACUGUGGGCUACUGGUCUUGUGAAGUUUCCUGUUUUUGGCAUUUCUGUCGACUAUAAAGCCAUGCAUAAUGUAGUACAUAUGAUAUUCAGUUGCCUUGCGGCUACUAUACUCCCGCUAGUAUCCUUACACAAUGGGAUGUUAUUAAUAAUCGUUUCAAAAUAUUUACUUUAUAUAAUUAAAAUAGCUUAAUAUUAUUUACCAACUUAUAUUCCACUUGUUCUAUUAUAUCUACGCUAUAUAAGUAGUUAAUUAUUGAAGUAUUAGUUACCUAAUUUGGCUUUACUAAUGCAUUUAAACAACUCCCAAUCUUCUCUGAUAUUUCAAAGUAAGUAAAAAAGCACUUAAGUGUGUUUGUAUUUUUGAGCUCGAGCUUAUCCUAGACUCCUGAUAUUUUUAUUAUUAAUUAGUUAAAUUAAGUCUUAUGUGAGACUGCUAACUAAUCUAACUUGUUGAGGAGAUCAUGUUGAGUUUAACGCAAUAGCAAUGCAAUGGUUAUUAUUUAUUUUUUAGAAAAAUUUCCAUCGCUAACAUAAACGGGGAAGCUUCAUUUGAAACCAAUAUGCUCAUUCCUUUGGGAUAUAUUUGAGUUUUGAGCUUAAUCUGCUCACCAUACGCAAACCGUGUCAGGAAGUGAGUAAGAACUGUCAAAUUUUCUCCGACUCCAAUGACACCAAAAGUCGGCUGACGUACUUUGUACUUGUAUAACAAUAUGAAAUAUAAUAAAUUUUUUUUGGCAGAGUAGAUCCUUUACCUAUGACCGUAUGGCCAGAGAGCUGAAAAAGCAUUACGAAAAUAUUAUGAACUUCAAAAAGAUGUCGUUAACAAACAUUGUUAGAUUGGCAAUGCUAGAGACUUGCUUUCCUAGGUGGACUCUAGACUUUAGCAAAAAAAAUAUGCUUGAUUUUGUAAUGUAUUUUUGUUAACUAAUUUUUUUAUUUUUUGAAAUUCAUAAACUGGUACGUAAAAUUAAUGUGAAAAUUUCAUCAAAAUUCGUAAAAACUGCGCAACAAAUAACCGAAUUCUUUGUAAAUACGAUUGUACUUUUCAUAUAUUAAAAUAUUUCAAAUAAUAUUUGCGCUGUUAUAUAAAAUAUAAUCAGUUGCAGCUUUUGACAUAAAAUUAUUGAAAUAGCGUAAAAUAAAAUAAAAUAGAAAAUGUAUACUGAAUUAAGUCGACUAUAGUUGCAUUAGAGUAAAAUUGUGUAAUGUAAAAUUAUUUGAAUUAUUUUUAGCGGUACUAGUACUGGUAGGAAUGGUAGUAUAAACAAUAGCAAUUAAUUUUAGAUUUAACAAUAUACCAUAUACAUACAUAUACGUCUACAAUAUGCAUACUUAUGUUGUUAUUUUGCAUUCGAUAGCUAAAAUGUUUGGAAAUACUAUGCAGAAGAAAAUAUUUGUAAAUAUAGACUCGUUUAUGUAAUAUAUGCUAAUGACUACAUAUUUAUGAGCAAAUGAAUAUUAUCGAAGAGAAAAAAGCAAAAAUUUGCAACAAUCGUUUAUGCUUACAAUGUAUAUUUUAAUUAGCAUUGAAAUAUAUUUUACUUCCAAAAAUAUUAAAUGUAUACAAAUAGCAUAUAUGUAGUAGCUCCAAGAGCUUCAAAUUUCUAACAACGGGUGAGCCGUAGAAAAAUAAUUUUGUGUUUGUAUGUCAUUCAUUCUUAGAAAGGAAACGUAUUUUCAUUACUUAUGCAUUUCAAUUGUGCAACUGUCUCGGCUUAGGUCGCAGUACAGUAUCCCCCUAACUCAGUUUUUCAAUGCCCAAUACUGGCCUUAAUACACUAAAUUAUCUGAUUAACUUUACUCCUUUAUGAUACUUCAAAAUUAAAACAAUACAAUAAGGUUAUCUACGUGUCAAGAUAUCAUAAGAGAGAGUUCCGAUAAUAGAUACUACAGCCUAACUUUUUCCGCAUAAUAUAAAAUAUGGCAUAAA